UCACACACAUACACACACACAAACCAACUCCUCUCAUGCAGAUACAAGAGACAGAAGAUGGCUGACUCGGCUGGGCAUCACGAACCCUCCCUGGCACUACCAACUCGCUUGGAGCUCUCCCAUCGGAUGACAGUGGGCGUCUUUCAUCUCUAGAAGCCAGCUGGUCCAAAACUCCUGGUCAGCAGCCAUUACCUGCACAUUCACAUAAAGGAAAAAUAGACAAAACAUGGCAGAAAUGGAGAAAGAAGGGAGACCGCCAGAAAAUAAAAGGAGCAGAAAGCCGGCUCAUCCAGUAAAAAGAGAGAUAAAUGAAGAAAUGAAGAAUUUUGCUGAAAACACCAUGAAUGAGCUUCUUGGCUGGUAUGGCUAUGAUAAAGUGGAACUGAAAGAUGGUGAAGACAUAGAAAUUAAAAGUUUCCCUCCAGAUGGAGAGAGCCGGCAGCACAUUUCUAUUCUGAAAGAUGAUACUGCACAUGAAGAGAAGCUUCAGAUGGUCCAGAACCAUUGGGACAGACUGCACAGCAGAUGUGAAAAUUCUUUGCCAAAAUCCAAAGUAUCAGAAGACAUGGUAACUUCAACUUCUAACACAAACACAAGCUAUACAGGAUUCGCUACAGGGAAUGGACUUGGAGAUGUACCUGCAGGUUCAAAAGAACAUGGGAAUAUGCCUAUCAUUGUACCUUUAAUUUCACCUCCUUUUAUGAAACCGCCAGCAGAUGAUGACGUGUCAAAUGUACAAAUUAUGUGUGCAUGGUGCCAGAAAGUUGGAAUCAAACGUUACUCUCUGAGCAUGGGGAGUGAGGUGAAAAGCUUCUGCAGUGAGAAAUGCUUUGCAGCUUGUCGAAGAGCAUACUUUAAGAGAAACAAGGCUAGAGAUGAAGAGGAACAUGCUGACAAGUGUCCCCUGCAGCACUAUGAUAAAGAAACUCCAAGGCUUGCCUUCAAGAAUAACUCCGAACUACUUAGGGUGACUCAUUUCCUAGGAAACAAUUGCAGUUUAGUCCUCCCCCCAACCCCAGUAACAGUGUGUGACUGGUGCAAGCACAUACGGCACACAAAAGAGUAUCUGGAUUUUGGGGAUGGAGAACGGAGGCUACAGUUCUGCAGUGCAAAAUGCCUCAAUCAAUAUAAAAUGGACAUUUUCUACAAAGAAACACAGGCCAAUCUUCCAGCUGGUCUCUGCAGUGCAGGUCUUCCUCCAGUUGAAAACAAAGCAGAAGGUGCUGGGAUACAACUGCUGACUCCAGAUUCCUGGAAUGUUCCACUGGCAGAUGUUCGGAGAAAGCCUCCAUCCCCAGUGGCUCUGGCUGGCCAGAAUCAAGGUCCAGGAUCAUCAACAUCUUCUGCAGCUUCCCCUUGUGAUAUUGCCAACAGUUCUAAUGCUAAAAUUCCCACACCAGUCCCCAAAGGCUCCUCUGCCAGUGACAGCCCAAGUAUUCCAGCCGUUCCUAUUCCACCACCUGCCACUAUUGUGCCUCCUGUUGGUGUUCCACCACGGAGUCCUCCCAUGGUUAUGACAAAUCGUGGUCCAGUGCCUCUGUCAAUAUUUAUGGAACAGCAGAUGAUGCAACAAAUCCGACAGCCAUUUAUCCGUGGACCUCAUGCAUCAAGCCCUAAUAGCCCAUUACCUAAUCCUUUGAUUCCUGGAAUUGGACCACCUCCUGCUGGUCCAAGGAGCAUAGGUCCUACAUCCAGCCCUAUGCACAGGACAAUGUUGUCACCUCAUAUUCAUGCACCAUCGACACCAACCAUGCCUGGAAACCCAGCGGGAUUGCUACCACCACCUCCACAUGGAGCUCCCUUAUCUGGCCUUCAUUUUCCACCAGUCAACAUGAUGCCAAAUGGUCCUAUGCAUAUGCCACAGAUGGUAAACUUUGGUGUACCAUCUCUUGCUCCAUUGGUGCCACCCCCAACUUUGUUGGUGCCAUACCCUGUUAUUGUUCCACUUCCUGUACCUAUUCCAAUCCCAAUUCCCAUACCUCAUAUUGUCGAUUCUAAAUCUCCUAAUGGAUUUUCCAGUAACGGAGAUGGCAUCAUUCCAAGUACAUCAGCUGAUAUGGCUGGAAGUAAGCAGUCAGAUCAUUCAGUGUCCCCACAAGAUACUAAACAUGAACUUUCAAAGUCCACCAAAUCUCCUCCAAACUGCUCUGGACAGUCUGCAAACCAUGUAUCCAUUCUUCAGGAGCACAACAGAGUUGAAGUUGUUGAUUUGACUGUCAAACCAAGUAGUCCAGUGAAUUCUAAAAUUAGUUAUCCUAAUGCAGUUGAUGUCCCACAGGAUGGUGUCAUUGAUCUGACAGUUGGCCACAGGUCUCGACUCCACAACAUUUUACACAGGGCUUUUCACAGUCCUGUAAAAGUUGAGCAUGAACCAAAUAGUAUUGUAAAUUUAACUUUCAGUAGUCCAGAUAAGAGGAGCUGCAAUGACUGCAGGAACAGUUGUAGCCCAGUUGAAACAAAGACUCUACCUUGUAGUGACCCUGCCCGCUGUGGCACUAUUCAGCAUGUCUCAAGCACUUCAGGGGUGGAACCUAGUGUGGCAGCGUGUAAUGUCAUUGUAAAUGGUACAAAGAGUGUAGACAGUGCUGUGGCCCUAGAACAGUCACAAGAUCAGAAAAAGUGUCAGCAAGUUGAACCUGUUGCCAUUGAGCUGGAAUCUGUCAAGGAGAACAAGUGUGCAUCAAAUGGCCAAACAGACUUUGAUGCUGGUAAGAACGUUUCCACAGAAGACCACCUGAACAGUGGGGAAAUCACGGACCCAAAUCUUAACUACAGUGCAGAUGAGGACCAUGCUUAUGCUUUGAGAAUGCUACCCAAAGCAGGCUGCGUCAUUCAGCCUGUGCCAAAACCAGCAGAAAAGACUGCGUUAGCUCCAUGCAUAGUGUCCUCAUCUAUUCUCAGCACAGGGACUGAAGAGACAAAUCCACCACUGAAAAGAAGAUGUCUCCGAAUUCGAAAUCAGAACAAGUAAAGGCAUGCUGACUGACAGGGCACCUUGUAUGGAGGAAGAAGAGCAGGUCAGCUAUGUUUCUUCACCAAAUUACAGCAGCUCUCCGUUCUCCAAUCCCUCUGGCCAGUAGUCAACCAGACAGACAGACAGACAUUCAUUCUGUCAUGUUACCUCCCACAGGAAGCAUCAGUGCGAAGGGACGUCAGAGUGCCAGAGAAGCUAUUUAAAUUCAGAAAGGUACGCUGAAUACUGAAGCCUGCCAUGGCAAAAAUGACCCAGAUGGCGAUCCUGUAGCCUUUUAAAAUGCUCCUCAUGUUUUUUUCACAGCAUUGUGGACCAAUGUUAGUAUUUCAUUUAGCAUCAAGACUUUAGAGUUAUGGGACAGAAUAUUGUUGUUCAUGAGAAAUUGCUGUGGUUUUGCUGCUACGUUUUUUGUGUUGAAAACACUUGAUUCUGCAUUGUAUGGAUUUGGACCUGUUCAAAUGAAACGGGGAAAGCAAGAACUGAACACUUUAGAGUUUCAUCUCUGUGCUCCCUGAGAUGCACUUUUAAAUGAAGAAUCGGAGUAAGUGUAUAACUUUUACAAAGAACAUCUUUGUCCUUUUUAAUGCCAUAUUUUCAGUGUUACACUUUCUCUGGCUUUUUAAUUUUGAUUUGACUGAUUUAAGAAGCAGCAUGAAUAGUUUAUACUGUGGUUUUCCAGAGAAUGAAUGCCAAGAGAACUCAGUAAAUGUUUAUUCUUCUCAAUUUUCUCUUUCAGUUCCCCUAAAUAGCACCCCAUUUGGGAAUAUGGGAACAGAGUGAAAGUGUUGAAUUAAAGACCAAAAUUCCCUCAAGGUGUAAAGUUAUCUGAGGGGAAUAUUUGCUGGGCGUCAUGAAAGACUCGGAUGAAAUUUCAGACCUGAUGGCUUAAAGUGAUCCAGGAAACCAGUGAGACAAUUUCACCAUAUGCAGAGCCCUUUCAUGAUAAUUAGAAUGGUAUGGGCAACCCAAUGUAAACAGGGAGCAACAUGAGAAAGAGACCCCCAUGAUCCUGUUUCACUGUUUGCUUUUCCUCUCAAUUUUAAAGAGAAAUGUGCAAUUGGUUCCUCAGCUGCUUGGCCGAGGAUAACAGGGUAGACGUUAUUAUUGUACAUGUCCAGUUGUAACCAGCGAUCCUGAAACACACUAGGUUAUGCACACUGGCACUGAACUGGGAAGCCAGCUCUGAGAUACUGGCUGUACCAUACAUCUGGCAGAUGGUGUCCCGACACUCUCUGUCUUUCACUAAUGUAGUACAUGUCUUUUUUCUGCUCAGUGGACUGAUGUCAGUCAGCAGUUACAAGAGUUCAGGCUGAAUUACAUAGAUGAUGGUUUCAGGCAUAAAAGUGCCUUUACUGGCUGUUUUUCUUAUGUAAAUGGUCAGCUAAAGAAAGAUUCCUGUUGCACCUAAGCGAAUGAGUUCCAGAAUCACAGAUGUCACAUUUCCUGUAGACCAAAUUGUAGCCAGUUUAUUGAUCAACAUAGCAUUGCUGUGUUUCAUUCUACCCCAACUUGUUAUGUUGUAUUUCAGGUGCAGUUUUUAUCUUUUUGAUGCAGAUAUUACAUUUUGCUGGAUUAUUUAUCCCUUUUGAGAGCAUCUUUAAACUAGUGCUGUGUUUACAAAUGGAAAAAUUAUUUUGAUUCUUGUAUUUUUUAAUUCAAGUAGAUAAGAGACACGGUGAGUCAUGCAACAUCAUAUCUUAAGUAGUGACAAAUACAUUCAAGCUCAGAAAUGAGCACCUUUGAAUUUUA